AUUGGGAACCUGCUACUGGUUUCCACACACACACACAGAGAGAGAUACAGACACACACACUGAGCUGCAGUCAGACGGACACAGCCUCUCCGCCGACGCGGCAGCAGGGGGAAAACAAACUCUUUCUCCCGUCACCUAGAAACCAACAACGGUCGGUAGAAGUGAGUUUUUUUUUUCCGACGGGAUGUUAAACCCGAAAUGCUACCGGUUAGUGUGAGAAGACAGCAAACAGCGAGGAAGAGACUGCCUGAAGUGGGUGAACUGUGACAGCAGCUUGGAGGGGAACAGAUCAACUGGGCUUGCACGUGGAAAGCAACGCCGAAACACGUCGUGAAGAGUGGAUCUCGUCCUCUCCACUUAAACUGUUCGCCCACUCUUCACUCCUGCUCACUUCAGAGAUGAGUGCCAAAUCAGCCAUCAACAAGGAGGUCUUCAUACCCCACGAUGAGAAGAUGCUUGCUGCUGUGCAAGUGAAGCGGAGGACCAAGAAGAAGAUCCCCUUCCUGGCCACUGGUGGUCAGGGAGACUACAUGACCUUCAUCUGCCUCUCAGUGACGAAUAAGAAACCAACCUCUCUAUCCAUCACUAAGGUGAAGCAGUUCCAAGGAUCUUCUUCCUUCAUAAAAAGGUCACAGUGGACAAUUGACCAGCUACGGCAGGUCAACGGCAUUGACUCUAACAAAGACUGUCCAGAGUUUGACCUGAUGUUCGAAAAUGCUUUUGACCAGUGGGUCGCUGGUUCAGCAGGAGAGAAGUGCACCUUCAUCCAAAUUCUUCACCACACCUGCCAGCGCUACAGCUUAGCACGGAAACCAGAGUUCGUCAACUGUCAGUCUAAACUGCUAGGGGAAGACCAAGCUGUAGAUUCAGUCAUUUUCCGUUGCAAGGUCUAUUUGAACAGAAUGAAGAAAGAAUUUGUUGCACACCACAGUCAUCUACUAAGACAAGGUAACAGUAUUCUACACUCAGCUGCAGACAGUGUGACGAGUGCUGUACAGAAGGCCAGCCAGGCUCUGAAUGAGCGCGGCGAGCGAUUAGGUCGAGCCGAAGAGAGGACUGCAGACAUGAGGAACAGUGCCGAACAGUUCGCUGUCACUGCACACAAGCUUGCCAUGAAGCACAAGUGUUAGACCACUGCCAAAACCAACUGGGGGGUGGGGAUCAACAAUCACCAGUCGCUGUACAGGAGAAGGAUUCCAGAUUUUAUUAUUUUUAAAAGUUUUUAAUAUGAUUACUAUUUGUUAACAAUGUUAACAUUUUAACGAUUUUUGGUUAUUGUAUUCUGGUGCGUUCUCUGAUGGUUAGACAUCGAGCAGGGGGGGAAGAAGAGAGGAGGUAAACAACGCUACAGCAGACUGUCAGCAGAGUGUUUCAUGCUUCUGUUUGCCAAAAAAAGUUACACGCCACAGCCAUGACUGUAUUUGAUAACCACGGUCACUCAAAACACUUCCCCUCUUCAUAUGCUCAGACAUCAAUGUGAGUGUGCACACAGCUGACAAAUCAUUAUCAGCAGUCACUCCAAGACAAGGAACAGAUUGUCUCACUGGUUAUUAAUUGUUUUUCAUGAGCACUGCAGUGAUUAUGCAGUCUGAUGUAAUACUGACAGACUCUCUCAUCACGAAUAUAUGCACACAUGCAUACCUGAAGAUAGCCUUGAUGUUUUUCUUACCUGAUAUUUAUUAGGUUGUACCCAGAUAACUAUUUUGGGAAUGCAUUUGGGGAAAAAGGAUGGGAAAUGAAAAUAAUCACAUCUGUGGAGAAAACAACAAUAACUACACCCCUGAACAUCAAAACAUCCAAAUAUUUAUUUUUCAUUUAUCAUUUCCUUCUCUCCUUGGACUCCUGGACAUUGCAGUCUUUCAAUCUGUUCUGUCCAUCAUUUCAAAAAUGUAUCAUAACAGUAUUAGUCAAAAUGUUUUCAAAAUAGUGUUUCAUAACUGUUAGACCAUUUAAAACAACCAAAACGACAUUGAAUACAGUUGCCAACAUGUUUGGAAGUGUACUUAAAGAACUCUUUAGAAAAUAAGCUUUUUAAGUUUAAGAGUGGGUGGCAUUUCAUUAAACCAGCUUCUGCAUUGUAAAAGCAAAACAUGUAAUUCUUCUAGUACUAUUAUCUUAAUGUCUGUAGAGCUAAUUUGUCCCGUGAACAUAGGAUGUUUUAAAUUGAUUUCUGGCUGUAUUUCAACUUAAGUAGUUUUACUCUGUUUUUUGUAGAAUUUGGGUUGGUCAUUCUAAUGGUGUCUAUUCGGAUCGAUAAAAUACAAAAUGUCUCAAAUAGCAGCCGCAGCAGCAGUGUGCAGUGGUGUAUUUUUUUGUGUCAUUGCUCUCACACUGACUGUAACUUUGGCUUCCUCACCCUCACAAUCAAGAUGUAUUUGAUUUUUUUUUUAUAUUUUGAAUUUUAUAAUUCACAAUGUUUCAAUGCACCGACAACCUUAUCUUGCACAGCACUGUUGAGUUCAUACUGAAACGUUCCAGUUGCCUAACUGUUAUUGUGCUUGUAUUUCUCUCUUUAACACUUUGGAUGUUUAAAUAGUGUCCUUUUUAUAACCAGCUUUAACAGUUCCAUCAAACAAUGGAAUCAGAAGUUGUACAUUUAUUUUGUUGGGUGUUCUUUAUCACUGUUAUUGCAUUUGCGUGUUUUACUCACCUGGAUUUUCUCUGCUCAUAAACAAUAAGCUGCCUAAAGCUUAAAGUGUCUAAUGGGUAAUUUUCUCUGUUUGAUUUUGAGUCUCACUACAUGCUCCAACAAUGCUCAUUUCACACUGAUGUCGAUUCUCUAUUAUACUGUAAGAUGUAAAAUAAAGUCCAAUCCACAAUCAAAAUAAAAUGGUUCUUUAUUAGUGCC